ACAUUGAUCGAACGCUUUUAAUUUUCGAAACCUUCGUCUUCCUGAACUCGACUCGGAGAAGUAUAAUAAUAAUUCGAAUAUUGAAGCAAAUAGAGCGCGCCGACGAUGAGCAGCGCCAAAGAACCCCCGAAAAGAAACCCACUAAUCAACAAAAAAGAGUGCAAACAUUGAGUCUAACCGUCGUAUUCAGCUCACCGUACACGGAACACAACCAGUAGCGGCGUAGGGUGAGGAGGAAGAAUCAAACGACUGAAAACAACAACAAAAACGCAAACACAGACAAAAUCGGCACCGAUAGGAGACCACUACACUACGGUCCGCAAAACAGCCAUCCGGAUACAGACAGCAGGGCAACACAACACACAAACACUACCGAACACCCUAUCCAUAUAGGAACCUAGACCGUGACAGAAGGAGGCACGGUAUCCCAUCUGGACUCCUCCAUCCAUCCGUCCAUAAUACCUCUAAAUGGGAAAAGAAAAACAGAACAUGCAACGGGAAACCCUUGCAUGACAGCAACACCAUCGUUGGCCAUUGCAGUGCAAUCGAAAGGGAGAAGUGAUCCGUCCAGCGAAAGUGCGAGGAAAAUUCGUGUGCGUGUAAGAAGAUAUUCGUCGGCACCGUGCACACCAUUAAUCUAUACGUACUCUAGGGACAGAGGUUCACAAACCUCACCUUGCGUAGAUCGUGAUCCGUUCGAGCAAAUAAACGGUAGUAAACAAUAGGACGUCAGGCGUUGCUCCUCGCGCAAAUGCUUGCACAGGCGGCAUCGCGAAACGCUUUCCACUAGAAGGAAAGAAUUAAAGUAUGUACACUUUUCAACCUAAGCAGAAACAGCUACAACAGCAGCAACAAAAACAACAGCACUAUGUAGUGUCCAAUAGUUGGAGGGGUAGCUCAACUAAUAUGGAAUUCAACAAAAAGACUGGCGAGUCGUAUGGACUGAAUGGUAGCGGCAGUAGCAGCAGCGGCAAAAGCAACCACAUUGAAUGUGCAAGUACAAACCAAUCGAUGGCCUUUGGCGGCAGCCGAAAAUCAUCGGUUGGCAGCGGUAGUGAACUAUCUGAAGACUACGAGGAUGUGAAACCGGACAUCAAAGUCAGCUCGCAUCUGCUCGAUCAUGGAUACGGAUACGGGGUAACGCCGCAGUAUCAUCCGCCUCAACAGCAGCAGCAGCAGCAACAACCAAGCCAUCAUCACCAUAGCAGUAGUAGUACUAGUAGUAAUAGUCAUAAUAGCAGUAGUCAACAGAAUAGUAAUUAUAGUCGUCAUCAUAGUCCCUCGGCAUCCGGUUCCGGUGCGUCGUCGAGAAGUGGCACGGCGACCACUCCGACGCGCAGUCAUCAUGCUAAGCAAUCGACACCGAAUCGAACUGCGGGACUACAUCAGCAGCACAAAAGUGUUAGCGGCGAUCCUCAAAUUACAAAUUAUUUCAAAGCCGUAAAACGCAGAGCGCCAUCCAGUUUGUCGCCAACUCCGGCCAAGAUUUCCAAACAAUCCAGUAGUAAACAACCAAGCUCAACCUGCUCUACACCCACGUCAUCCGUGUCGUCCUGUUCGUCUAAAAAACGGUACUCCGAGGGAACGAGGUAUGACACUUCGCUAGGACUGCUAACGAAAAAAUUCGUCGACUUGCUAAAUGAAUCGUCCGAAGGCGUGGUCGACUUAAACAUUGCCUCCAACAAACUUAACGUACAAAAGCGUCGUAUCUACGACAUUACCAACGUGCUCGAGGGGAUCGGUAUCCUGGAGAAAAAGUCCAAGAACAAUAUCCAGUGGAAGUGUGGGAAUUCGUUGUGCAAUAUCGAAAAGAACAACCGGAUACAGCGCGAUCGGUAUCUGCUGGAGCAGAAGGAGAACAUGCUGGACCGGUUGAUUGUCGAAAUGCGCAAUAUGACGGAGAAUGACAUGCAGACCAUGAAGCAUGCGUACGUCACCUGUCAGGAUCUGAACUCGAUCGAUAUGUUUAAAGAUCAGGUCAUCGUGGUUAUUAAGGCCCCUCCGCAAGCUAAUAUGGUGCUACCUGGCGUGCAACCGCCGCGAGAAAUAUUUUUAGAAUCGGAAAAGGGAGAAAUAGACGUGUUCCUGUGUUCGGAACCAUCAGAAGGGUCACCAAAUGGUGGAAGCCUCGGUGGAAUCGGUAGUUGUAGUGGAAGCUUGUUUGGUGACAGUACCGGUGGUGGGAACGGCAGCAGGUCUGGUCCGGAUCCCUUGCUGGAAAACAUCGACCCGCUAUUAUCACCGUUCAGUGAAAAGUUAUUCAGUCCUAAAAACAAACUGAGAACCACCAAUGUUACGAAAACAUUAAGUUCGGUCCGAAACCUGAAGGUCUUGUUUGGAGGUGCUGAAGUAAAAACGGAACCCAACGCGUUGGAUUCAUUAACCGGACAUCCUAUCAGCACGACUGAAUCAAUGCAAAGCAACUUUGCAACACCCUUGAUGGCGACGCCAUCUGGCCCAAUGCUUGAAAUGUUCAACAGAAUAGAAGAUUCAAUUAAAAAAGAGCGGUUUGAUCCGGAUCUUACUGAAUCUGCUACCAUCGAUUCCCACAAGCUCCUACCGAUGGAAAUCACCCACAAGAACGCAUCGUUGAGUGAUGGUAACAAACUGAGCCCAGAGACGCUGCUACCCCAGGAAGUCAAUUCUCAGCUCAACGUGGACGAAUUAUCACCGAAAGUACUGAGCGCCAAAACGACUCCGGUCAAUCCGCGCGAACGGAACUCUAUGCUCCCCGAGCUCGGCAUCUACAGUCCCUUCAAUCUACCGUACCCGGAAGUGCCCGAAAUGGAUGCAUUCCUGCCUCUGGAACCGUUGGACAACGAUUACAACUUUUCCCUGGACCAUACCGAGGGUGUGUUUGAUUUGUUCGAUUUUACUUUUUAGUUCAAAUUUAUGUGGGAAUAUACAAUAUACGUAUAUAUCUUUAUUUUAUUUCAAUUAAUAUUUUAUUAUCAUUAUUAUUAUUAGUGUAAGCUAGGUUUGCUGCUAGAACUGAGCUAGAACAAGCAUAUGAUAGGUAUUCGAGAAGGUGGUUAGAACAGGUUCGCCCAUAUUUUGUUGGAUAUAUUUUUUUCUCAGGCGAGAUCUGCAGGGACAGUUUUCCUUAUAAUAUGUUAUGGAGAGGAAAAAUGAAAGCGUUAUUUUUCGUAAAACUUGCAACUAGGCACUUGGUGUUUCAACAUGGAAGCAGCCAUGUAACAACAGAAUUGUUUAUACUAUCCGCUAUUGAUUGGUGAUAAGUUCUACAUUUUUGUAAAUAUUGUUUGUAAAUUAUUAAAAAAAGAGGAUAAAACAAAUCAGCGAUGCGGCCCAUAUUUUAUCUCGAGAGAAUCUAUAGUGACCUGACCAUAAUUCUCCCAGGUGUAACUGGAACCCUUUUGUCAAAGCGCUUAUUUAAAAACGAUUACAAUGAUCAUCAAAACCUAUAACAAUGGCGAGAAGAUUUGAUUUCGUGAACCAGGCAACAUAAGAUGAAACGAAAUGGUAAAGUUCGUCUUCUGCGCAUAAAUGAAAACAAGAGCUGAUAUAAAUUUACUUAGGCCAAUCGUGAAAAAACUCAAGUCUAGUAAUAGUAAGUACAGUCGUACUAAAUGAAUGCACACAAAUCAUAAGCAUACGAUCAGAGGUUGUCACCUGAUGACCCUCCAGAUUUUAAGCAGAAAUUCUUCAUUUAUACAUAUAUUUUUAAUAGGAAUGUCUAAAAACUGAUAAAUCCAGUAAAACAUAAGCCCCAUGAUUAUUCCGUAAAAAAUACAGAAUAAAAAUACACAGUCAAAAGAUGAUCGAGUAGCGAGAAAAACUUGUGCAAGAGAUUUUUUGUUGUUCUUUCAAAAAAUUAUGCAAAUUAUACCAUUCGUUUUUUUGUCCUAUUUAUUUGAAAUUUUAGUUAAGUAACCUACCCGCGGUAUGUGUUUCGCCGGGAACAAUGGAAGCCUACAGAAUCGAAGAGCAGAGAGUGAACAUUGAAAUACGCUUUGUUAGUUUGUCUCCGUUGCCAAUUGAUUUAUUAUGGAGAGAGAUGAAAAAGAAUAAAACUAAAUGCAAACAUUGUUAUUUACAUUGAAAGUUUUUCUUUCGGCCUAAUUAAUCUGCAUGAUCAAUUAAGGUUGUUGCCGCUUGUUCGACUUUAUUAUGAUGCAAUCCCUGUAUUUGUCAGCAGUUCAAUUCCACUUCCUGUUCGUUACACUUCAGUUCUGUAAACCUGUAUAAACUUUCUGCAAUCUUACGAUUAUUGUUCGUGGUUAAUUAGGAGGCUUCUAACUCUAGCCGACAUAAACUGAUUGUUUUUGUUCCGUUCUCUGAUAUACGUGCGUGUAAAUUGACCUAUAUCCGGGUGUACAUUUGCCUUUUCCCGUGAAUGCGCGAGAGAAAUGUCGAGUCCUUACGAGCGGAGGAAUGUUGUAAAUAUCGAAAAAAGAUGAGUGGUGGUGUCACAAAGGACAAUGUCGAAAAACAUUUGAAAGCUAAACACACGCUUAAACAAAUAAAAAAAAACAUAAACUAUAGUUAACGUACUUUCCACACACUCAGUCUUCUGACAAGACUAGCAUUUUCUGUGUACCACUCGUGAGGUAAAACAAUAACAAACAAAAUAAAACUGAAACGAGAAAUAGAGAAAAAUGAUUCAAA